AUGAUGACAUCUGUGAAGAACAACAUCACGGAACCCUCUAGUGCUCAUAUUGAGGAAGGCGAGUCUUUCGAACUCAAGGCAUCUUCAACGAGCCCAGGCCAGAAGAGCAAGCACCGACAUAGUUCCUUCGGUUAUCAUGAGAGCCAUGAAUGGAAAGCAGCCGAACGCCGUGUCGUCCGCAAACUGGACAUGACCUUGUUACCCGUAGUCUGGGUUCUAUACAUGUUCAACUACCUCGACAGAAACAACAUCGCACAAGCCCGUCUUGACAACUUUGAAGAAGACCUUGGCCUACAUGGUACUCAAUUCAAUGUCGCCGUAUCAAUUCUUAACGUCGGCUACAUGCUUGCUCAACUUCCUUCCAACAUGAUCCUCACACGAGUUCGUCCGAGUCUGUAUCUACCAUCCUGUGUCAUCGUCUGGUCGGCUAUAUCGGCAGCCACGGCCGGUGUCCGCAACUACUCAGGCUUGAUCGCGGUGCGAUUCUUCCUCGGCAUUGUAGAGGCCCCUUUCUUUCCAGGGGCGUUCUUCAUGCUAUCGGCUUGGUACACCAGCAAAGAACUUGCUCUCAGAACCGCAGUGCUUUACUCAGGUCUGGUUUUAGCUACGGCGUUCUCCGGACUAAUUGCCGCUGGCAUCUUCUCUGGUCUAUCUGACAAGGCGGGUCUGCAUGGAUGGCAGUGGCUGUUCAUCAUUGAGGGCGCCGGAAGUGCACUUGCCGCCAUAUGUGCCUUCGCUCUUUUGCCCGAUUUCCCCGAUUCCCAGACGGGGAGUGGGAAAUGGCUGUUUAGUGCUGACGAACUCGAGCUUGCACAGCAACGUAUCGCUUUAGAUCGGGUCUCCGUACCUGAAGCCGACCGGUCCAUAUGGCAUGGGCUGCUUCUUGCUGUGAAAGACAUCCGCACGUGGAUAUUUGUUAUUAUCCUAUGCGCAAAUCACACCGCGUACGGCUUCAACAACUUCUUCCCAACGUGA